AUGUCCCACAAUGAGCUCAACAAAAUUUACAAUUUUCAUAAUUCAUUCAAAUUUUGGCGCCAUAAAAAUGGAAUGAGCUUUUCUAGAUUAUGGAUCUCACCCAAUAUUCAGGAAAAGCGUCAUUCCAUUAUAAAAUAUCUUUCAGAAAUAUAUCGGGGAAUCAAAGAAACAACAGAUUUUUCAAAAUCCAGCACUCUUCACGUUGGCUCAAUCGAUGAUACAAUAAAAAACUGUUCUAAACUAAUAACUUACGUGUCAGAUGUUGCAAUUAUCGAUGCUAUUGACAAAAAGAUAAAAGAUGUUAAUUUUAUCAAGAAUAAUUCACAGAUUGUUUCAUUAUGUUUAUAUAACAAAACAAUUUCAACAUCUGGAUUUAGUAAAAAGGACAACAUCAAGAUUGCUCGUAUGGUGUUACUUAUGGGUGGAAAUUUUUCGCAUAACAUUUGUGAUAAAACAGAUAUCUUGAUUUCAUCAACAGUAUUAUCGCAAUCUUACUUUACAGCUCACAAAAGAGAUAUACCAAUUGUUGGUGUUGAAUGGAUUGCCUCAUGCUUUAAGAAACUUCAAAAACUUCCUACAGAAGAAUUCAGAAUUCCUUACUUCCAUAACGUAACAUUCACGUCGACUGAUUUACAGCCAGCUAGAAAAAAGAAGCUUCGGAGAAAAAUUUUAUCGUACGGCGGUAGUUGGUCUGAUAAACUAGAUGAUAAUACAACUUUUCUAAUUACAGAGUCCUUAACUCUUACAACUAAGAUUAGCGCAGCUUUGUCUGCAAAAAUUUUCAUUAUAUCUCCAAAAUGGAUUGACGAUUGCAUAUCUUCAAAAUCUCCACCAGAUAAUUAUAUAAUAAACUGGUGGCAGUUUGGAUUCAAGAUGAAUAAGAUAUUCGAAGGCAAAACAUUUACCAUUGACAGAGCUGUGACGAAUGAUAAUCUGGUUGAAGCGAUUAAAGCCAAUGGUGGUGAAAUAAAUACUCAUGGUGAGUAUUACAUAUGCCCAUCAUCCAUUUAUGGCCGGAAUUUUAAGGGUAUUCUUGUGAGUAAUUUUUGGAUUUGGCAAUGCAUCAGAAGAAGAGAGUUAAUUGAUCCAGAAUUCUCACAAAUCUUUAAACCAUUGCUAAAUAGAUCACUUCCAGUUAAAGAGUUCGAAGGAAAAACAGUAUUUAUUUAUAAAGUUGAUUCAGAAAAUUUCCCUAUCGUCAUUCACGCUGUGAGGGAAUGCGGAGGAAAUGUCACUUUUAAACUCCGCCCGUCUACAUCAUACAUUAUCAGCAGCAAAGUUGAUAAAGUGAUAUCAGAUCAGGCUAAACAAAAUAAGAUCCCAAUUGUCCGUCCUGAAUGGGCAAUUGAUCUUUUAUCUAAUGGAAGAAUUCCAUCAAGUGAGAAAUUCAACGCUGAUGUAACUUCUGUUAUUAAGAACAUCUGCGGAAUCAUUAAGAACUGUAAAGAAUCAUCAACAGUUCAGAGAUCUUCAAGUAAAGCAAUUGCAUUAGAAGAUCUCGAAUUUUCCGAAGAACAUAAUGAAGAAGAAACAAGUGGACCAGAGAGUGAUGGCAUCAGACUCCUUAAUGCAAAGGUCCAUAAAAACUUUUUCUUAAGUUCAGAUUCAUCGAGUGAAGAAGAUGAUCCUCUUCUAAGAGAACUCGGAAUCUUAUAA